AUGACACUCACCGCGCCGUCGCAGCCGCUUCGCACGGCGGCGGAGCAAAGGGAUCCCACAAUUGGUUCCGCCAGUCCCUCCCCCCUUUCCGCCACCUCUCCGCCCAUUUCCGCCUCGCUUCCUCCACCCAGCUUCCCCGCGUGGUACUUCUCCCCGCGCCACGUGGCAUCGCACUACGCAGUCAACCUCGACACGGGCCUGUCCGAAUCCGACGUGGCGCGGCGGCGCGCAGCGCACGGGUGGAACGAGCUAGACCGACCAGCAGGCACACCAUUCUGGGACCUAGUCUUAGACCAGCUCAACGACACACUCGUUCGAAUCCUCGUCGCCGCCGCCGUGGUGUCGCUCGCCCUGGCCGUGGCGGAGCAGGGCGGGGUAGGGGGCGCGGGAGGAGGAGCGGAAGGCGGAGGGGGAGGGGGAGGCGGGGGGCUGGCGGGGUACACGGAGCCGGUGGUGAUCGUGGCGAUCGUGGUGCUGAACGCGCUCAUUGGCGUGUGGCAGCAGGUCCAGGCGGAGCAGUCGCUGCAGGCGCUCAAGGAGCUGCAACCGCAGACGGCGCGAGUCAGGCGGGCCGCUGUUCGUGCCGUGAACAUGGAGGGAGGCCAAGGCGGCCGGGAGGGCGACAGCGACGGACCAGCAGCGCCACCAGCAGCGCCACCAGCAGCAGCAACAGCAGCGCCAGCAGCAGCAGCAGCAGCAGCGCCAUUCAUAACGGUGCCAGAGCUGGUGCCGGGGGACGUGGUGGAGGUGCGGGCGGGCGACCGCGUGGCAGCAGACAUGCGCAUCGUUGCGGUGGUGAGCGGUUGUGUGCGGCUCAAUGAGUCCACACUCACUGGGGAGAGCGAACCCCAGGUGAAGCAGACCGAGCGGGUGGAGCGGAGGCGAGGAGGAGGAGAAGAGAGUGUGGAGGAUAGGUGGGACAGCAGCAGCAGCGACGAUCUGGCAGUCCAGUCAAAGGCCAACGCGGCGCCUGCUGGUGGUGGGAGCAGUGAGGAGGAGGCAGCAGCGCAGCAGGCAUAUUGGGACAGCAGCAGCAGCGAUGGCAGCGACAGCAGCAGCAGCGGCAGCAGUGACGGCCUGGAAAUCCAGGCAAAGGCCAACAUGGCGUUUGCAGGCACGACAGCAGCGACUGGGUCGUUCAUCGGGGUGGUAGUGGGCACGGGCAUGGCAACCGAGGUGGGGCGCAUUCAGGCGCAGAUCACAGCGGCAGCAGCGGAGGAGGCGGCGUACGACACACCGCUGUCGCGCCGCCUGGAUGAGUUUUCGACUGCGCUGACUCAGGCCGUGGGCGCCAUGUGUGUGGUGCUCUGGGCGGUGAAUUUCGACCGGUUUGUGGCGUGGGACGCGGUGGGGAGGACUCUCGUGUUCAACGCUCAGCAGGCCACGUUCUAUUUCAAGGAAGCAGUGGCGCUGGCGGUGGCAGCGAUCCCCGAGGGGCUGCCAGCCGUGAUCACCACGUGCCUGGCGCUGGGCACACGCCGCAUGGCAGACGCGCACGCUAUAGUCCGACGCUUGCCGUCCGUUGAGACGCUCGGGUGCACCACCGUGAUCUGCUCCGAUAAGACCGGCACGCUCACGACCAAUCAGAUGGCAGUUGCCAGCCUGGCGGUACCACGUGGCGCUGACGGGGACGUGCGGUGGUAUGACGUGUCGGGGACCACGUAUGACCCGGGGGAUGGGGAGGUGGUGGGGUGGAGAAGGGGAGGGAGAGGGGAAGGAAAGGGAGGCGGAGGGGUAGGAGGAGGAGGAGGAGGAGGAGGAGGAGGAGGAGGAGGAGGAGGAGGAGGAGGAGGAGGGGUAGGAGGAGGAGGAGGAGGAGGAGGAGGAGGAGGAGGAGGAGGAGGAGGAGGAGGAGGAGGAGGAGGAGGAGGAGAAUCUAGUGUGAGUGAAGGGAGUGCCAGAGGAGGGGGUGUGAGUGAAGGGGUUGUGAUUGAGGGGGUUGGGAGUGAGAGGGGUGUGAGUGAGGGGGGUGGGAGUACGGAGGCGGGAGUGUGGAGUGUGGCGGCUAUCAGUGCGCUGUGCAACGACAGCAGCAUCACGGCCACCAAGGGGCGCUACACCUGCUCUGGCAUGCCCACUGAGGCCGCCCUCAAGGUGAGAAGAGGUGCGCUCAAGGUGCUGGUGGAGAAGCUGGGAGUACCGGGCGUGGAGCAGCAGGUGGGGAUAGAGGCGGCGCGCAGAGCCAGUGGGGGAAACUCCCUGGGGAUGGCGACUGCGGAGGGCUCCCUAAGCGUGGAGACUUUUGAGUCGACUCAAAAGUUGACUGCGGAGGGCUCCGAGUGCGUGGCGAGUGGGGAGGGCUCCGUGUGCGUGGCGAGUGGGGAGGGCUCCGAGUGCGUGGCGAGUGGGGAGGGCUCCGAGUGCGUGGCGAGGGCGAGUGGGUACUGGGAGCAGCGGUGGGCGCGCGUGUGCACUCUUGAGUUCGACCGCCUCCGCAAAUCCAUGAGUGUGCUCGUCACUCCCCUCGGGGGGCACGACGCAGGGGACGGGGGAGGGGGCAUGCAGCAGGGCGGGGCAGUGGGGGAGAGGGGGGCAGUGGGGGAGGAAAGUGGAAUCACAGGAGAGCAGGGGGAGGGGGUGCGCAGUGCAGGGAACAGGCUGCUGGUGAAGGGAGCAGCAGAGUGUGUGCUAGGGCGUUGCUCCUCCAUGCAACUCCCCUCGGGCAUCAUUGUCCCUCUCUCCCCCUCUGCACACACCCGCCUGAACCACAGCAUUGCAGCCAUGGCCUCCCAGGGCCUCCGCGUGCUGGCCUUUGCCUUUCGGGAUCACCUCCCCCCUGCUCUUGCGAGUUGGAAGACGGGGCGAGAUGGGGGCGAGGAGAGCAAGGAAGCGGGUGAAGGAAGCAGGGAAGAGGCUGGCGGGGAUGGAAGGGAGGUGCUGGGGAGUGGGGAGGGGUGGAGUGAGGAGGUGCGGCGGUGGGUGGAGGAUGGGAGCCGGUAUGAGGAGCUAGAGAGCGAGCUCACGUUUGUGGGGCUGGUGGGGAUUAGAGACCCGCCGAGGCCUGAGGUGGCGGGGGCAAUAGCAGCGUGCACGAGUGCUGGCAUGCGCGUGAUUGUCAUCACUGGGGACUCGGGGGCCACUGCUGAUGCUGUUGCAACACAGAUCGGGCUGUUUGGGCGCAGUGAUGGUGGUGGUGGGGAGAGACACGGUGACAUGCACAGCGAAACGGAUCCGGCCCGGCAUUCGUACGCGGCAGCAGAUUUCGUUCGGCUGCCAGAAGAGGAGCAGCUGAGGAUUUUGGGAGGACGGCCAAAGGGGACACACGGCACAGGCGGGGAGAGAGGUGGGGAUAGGAGCAGCGGAAGGGCGAGGGGCGGCAAUCUGGUGUUCUGGCGGGCGGAGCCGGCACACAAGCAGGCGAUCGUGCGGGCGCUGCGGGCGCAGGGCGAGGUGGUGGCCAUGACGGGCGAUGGCGUGAACGACGCCCCUGCGCUCAAGCUGGCGGACAUUGGGAUCGCCAUGGGGGCCACUGGCACUGAGGUGGCCAAGGAGGCCGCAGACAUGGUAUUAGCAGACGACAACUUUGCAACAAUAGUCGAGGCGGUGCGGGAGGGCCGUGCAAUCUUCGACAACAUGCGCGCCUUCAUCCGCUACCUCAUCUCCUCCAACAUCGGCGAGGUCAUCGCCAUCUUCGCAGCAUCCCUCCUCGGCCUGCCCUCCUCCUCCUUCCUCCUCCCCGUGCAACUGCUCUGGGUCAACCUCGUGGGGGACGGGGCUCCUGCUGUGGCGUUGGGGUUUACGCCGCCCGAGGCUGAUGUGAUGGCACGGCCGCCGAGGGAGAGGGAUCAGGGGCUCGUGUCGCCGUGGGUGCUGGUGCGGUUUGGGGUGCUGGGGGUGUAUAUCGGUGCUGCGACUGUUGGGGUGUUUUCUGUGUGGUUUUUGAAUGGGGAGGUGGUGGGAGGGGGGGUUGGAGGGAUGGGAAUGGGGGUGGGGGCGGUGGAAGAGAGUGUGAGGGGGAGGGGGGUGGGGGACGGAGGUGGAGGGUGGUUUGCGCCGUUUGAGUUGGAGAAGGACGGGCAUUCGGCUGUGACGUGGGAGCAACUGUCCCACUCCCGAACCUGCUCCGUCUGGUCCGUGCCUGCUGCUGCUAGCGCCGCUGGUGGUGCUCCUGCUGCUACUCUCACCGCCCCUCCUCUUGUAGACCCACCAGCAACCGCAGCAGCAGCAGUAGGAGCAGGAGUAGGCUCACCCGCACCUGCCCCGGCACCAGAAUCUCCCUUCAACCCACAUCUCUCCUACACAGUAGCAGGCGGCGGCACGGUCUCCUUCCCAACCCCCUGCGACUACUUCACGAGCGGCACCACCAAGCCAUCUACCCUCGCACUCACCACCCUAGUGACCAUUGAGAUGCUCCUCGCCCUCAGCUCCGUCUCUGAGUACCGCAGUUUACUGCAAUCUCCACCGUGGAUCAACAAGUGGCUCAUCCUGGCCGUUGGUGCGUCCAUGGGGCUCCAUGUGGCGCUGCUGUACUCGCCGCUCGCGGGCGUGUUUGAGGUGGUGCCGCUGACAUGGCAGGAGUGGGCGCUGGUGGUGGUGUUCUCGCUGCCUGUGCUGCUCGUGGAUGAGGGGCUCAAGCUGGGGCUCAAGCUGGUGGGUCGGCAGAUCUUUGCACGGCAGAGGGGAGAGGCUAGAAAGGCCCUCAAGGGUAAAAUCAAGUCUCAGUGGCUCCCAAGUGUCCUGUCCGCUGGUGGUGGUGGUGUUCUCGCUGCCCGUGCUGUCCUCUGGUGGAUGAGGGGCUCAAGCUGGUGGGCCGGCAAAUCUUAG